UUCUGUCAUGUAUGUUGGUAGAUGACAGUUGCGAAUAUACCUUGUUAUGGAAAGCGUGUUUCAUUACCAGCAUUCCAGUAUUUCCCCAAAAUAUUUUACUGGCGACGACGAAUACCAAAAAUCCGUGCGUGCUACGUAUAGUUGUAAUAAUAGCAAACAAAAGAAAGUGCAAAUACGAUGUCGGUCGGCAAGAUAAGUGAAUUUAAAAUCCAUACGGACGAUUGGAGGUUAUACAUUGAGCGGCUCGAACAAUACUUUUUGGUUAAUAAAAUUGUGGACGAUUUAAAGGUUCCCACACUAAUAACAGUUAUGGGAGCCGAAAGUUAUGAACUAUUAGUGAGUUUGUGUACCCCAACGAAACCCAGUGAAAAAACAUUUAAGGACUUAACCGCCAUUAUGGAACGGCACUUACAACCGAAACCGAGUGCAUUAGCCGAGCGAUAUAAAUUCCGCCAUAGGAAGCAGGCUACCAACGAAAGUAUAGCGGAGUAUGUAGCUAUUUUGAAAAGGAUGUCGAAGACAUGUGAGUUUGGACUUUGGUUGGAAGAGAGCCUCAGGGAUCAGCUGGUAUGCGGGUUAAGUAGUGAAAUGAUACGACAGCGGUUAUUCGCAGAAGAAAACUUAGAUUUUGCCAAAGCGUACAGCUUGGCAGUCAGUUUAGCAGCGGCUGAAAAGGAUGCGGCCGUGGUUGAGGGAUCGUGCAAAAAGCAGGCUGAGGUCAAGGUGGCCGAUUGUCAAGCCAUGGCGGGAGCAUGGCAGCGUAACGCAAGCGUCGCGACAGGCGAUAGGGCGCAGGCUAGCAGCGGGCAAUCAGGAGUAAACAGGCAGUUUGGGCAGCGCGCGCAUUUCUCGACACGAGGGCAGCAAACGAACGGGCAGCGUACGGGCGCGGCCGCGAGGCAGCCUGCAGCGGCAGGACAGCGCGGGCAGCGACAAUGCUCAGUUUGUGGGGGCUCCCACCCGGAAGCGCCGGCGCAGUGCAAAUUCGCGCGAUAUGUGUGCAGAGUGUGUAAUCGCGAGGGGCACCUGCGACGUGUUUGCCCUAACGUGACGGGGCAUCAUAGGGUGGAAGCGAUGACAGACAUGGACACUGACGACAGCGACGAGGUAAUUGUAGUUAGCAUGAAUCAUUUAUCAGUGUCUGACUGUAAACCAAUAAUGAUUCCAAUUAAUGUGCACAAUAAAUCUUUAAGUAUGGAAUUAGACACAGGCUGUGCAGUAAGUUGUAUAAGUUUGGAAUUGUAUCAGCGUGAGUUUGCUGAUUUAGAAUUAAAUAAAAGUAAUGUAGUGUUAAGAUAUUAUACUGGUGAACUCGUUAAACCGCUAGGAGUAAUCAAACCAUUAGUUAAUUACCGAGAUCGGAAGUCAUAUUUAAAUUUAUAUGUUAUCAAAGACGGUAUAACGCUUCUUUUAGGUAGACAAUGGAUAGCGGCCUUGAAUAUACUUGACUUACCCGGCUAUGACGAGUAUAUGUUAGGGUAUGUCAAUAGCGAAGAUGAAGGCUUUAAUAUAACGGAAUUUAGUUCCAGAUUCUCUAAGGUGUUUGAAGACGGUUUGGGCCGGUUCACGGGCGGCCAAGUGAGCAUACACCUGCGGCCUGAGGCGCAGCCGGUGUUCCUGCGCGCGCGGCCGCUGGCGUACGCACUGCGCGAGCCGGUAGAGCGCGCGCUGGAGCAGCUGGUGCGUGACGGCGUGCUCACCCCCGUCGACCGCUCCGACUGGGCUACCCCGAUCGUCCCCGUGGUGAAGAAAGAUGGUAAUAUUAGAAUAUGUGCCGACUAUAAGUUGACUAUAAAUAAAGUUCUUGAAGUUGACCGUUAUCCACUGCCUAGGGUAGAAGAUCUGCUAGUGCGCCUCGACGGCGGAGAUCGGUUUAGUAAAAUUGACUUAUCCCAGGCGUAUGCUCAGUUUGAGCUAGAUGAGUCCAAGAAAGUCACAGUAAUAAAUACCCAUAAGGGUCUUUUCAUGUAUAACCGGCUCGUGUACGGAUUGUCGUCCAGCCCGGGUAUUUUUCAGCGCCGGUUAGAACAGCUGUUUGCAGAUUUGCCUCACGUAGGGGUCUUCCUGGACGAUAUUAUUAUUACGGGUACGGAUACUAGGAGCCAUAUCGAGAAUUUGCAUAAAGUCUUUGAUAGAUUACAAUCUUUUGGUUUGCGAGUAAAAAAAAGAAAAGUGCGCGUUCUUUCAAAAAACGGUAAAUUACUUAGGCCAUGUCAUUAGCAAGGACGGAGUACAGACAUGUCCGGACAAGAUUACGGCAAUAAUAAAUACUCCGACUCCUACAAACAUAACCGAGUUAAGGGCAUUCAUAGGCCUCGUUAUGUAUUAUUCGAAAUUUGUGGCAAACGUAAGUACAAUAUUAGCACCUUUAUACAUGUUACUGAGGGCAGGUGUAAGAUUCGAGUGGAAUGAUGAGUGCCAGGUUGCGUUCGACAGGGUUAAGAGUGCAUUAUGCUCUAGUAAAGUGUUAGUGCAUUACUCGGUAUCGCUACCGCUAGUUCUAACUUCAGACGCGAGUAGCGUCGGCGUCGCCGCUGUGAUAUCGCACCUCACGGCGGAGGGCGAGCGGCCCAUUGCUUAUGCGUCGCGGGCGCUCACCACAGCGGAGCGCGCGUACGCACAGAUCGAUCGCGAAGCGUUGGGGAUUAUUUUUGGUAUUAGGAAAUUUCACCAAUACCUAUAUGGGAGAAAGUUUAUUUUAAGAACGGAUCACAAACCGUUGACCCAUAUAUUUGGUAAUAAAGUGGGGAUACCAGUCAUGGCGGCAUCACGAAUACAGCGCUGGGCCGUUCUUCUGUCAGGAUACGACUAUGAAAUCGAGUACGUUGCGUCAGCUAAAAAUUGCGCGGAUGCCUUGUCGCGUUUGCCUCAGACCGGCAGAGAUCACCAGGCGAGUUCGGAGGUAACUUAUGUUAAUUUCGUAGAAGAUUUUUUACCAGUAACCAAUGAAGACGUAAAGAAGACUACAGAAAAAGAUAUUUUGUUGACUAGAAUCAUGUCGUAUGUGCAAUCGGGUUGGCCAACGGGGCAAUUGGAAGAAAAUCUAAAUCCGUUUUAUGUUAGGCGUAACGAAAUGUAUAUAGAUAGGGGCUGCCUGAUGUGGGGAUAUAGAAUGAUAAUACCGUGUGAUUUAAGAGAGAUCAUAUUACAGCAGCUGCAUACUAGUCACAUGGGCAUAGUCAAAACGAAGGCCCUAGCUCGCAGCUACGUGUGGUGGCCGGGUAUUGACGCCGACGUGGAGGCGCUGUGCCGGCGCUGCGACACGUGCGCGGCCGAGGCGCCGGCGCCGGCUCGCGCGCAGCCGUCUCCUUGGCCGUACCCACCACGGGUAUGGAGUAGACUACAUUGUGAUUUUUUGGGACCAUUUAAAAGCAAGGUUUUUUUUGUCUUAGUUGAUGCGGGCUCUAAAUGGAUCGAGAUAUUCGAAAUGUCACGAACAAACGCGUUAUCCGUCAUUAAAGUGCUUCGAGAGACGUUCGCGCGUUUCGGGUUACCGGCGGAAAUCGUUUCUGAUCAAGGGCCACCUUUCACGAGCGUAGAAUUCGGGGAUUUUUUAAAACGUAACGGAAUACGACAGUACUUCUCACCUAUUUAUCAUCAAUCGUCUAAUGGCGCAGCGGAAGCCGCCGUGAAACUUUGUAAACGCGCCCUAAAGAAGGCGUAUCGAGACAAGGUAGAUGUAGAAGCCGCCUUACAAACUUAUUUGAUGGCCUAUAGAAAUAGUGCACAAAGCACGACCGGGGAAAGCCCAGCGAUGCUUUUGAUGAGGCACACUCUUAGGACACGUUUAGAUUUGUUGCGCGGCGAUGGUAUUGUUGAACAACGGGUUCACAAUGCGCAGGAGCGGCAGGUGCGGGCGGCAGGGGGCGCCACG